AUGGUCUAUGUUGAUGACAUAGUUAUUACAGGAAGUGAUGCUACCAUAAUUUCUCAACUAAAAGAGCAUUUAUUCAGCCAUUUUCAGACUAAAAACCUUGGUAGUCUGAAAUAUUUUCUUGGUAUUGAAGUGGCUCAAUCAAAGGAAGGUGUUGUCAUUUCACAAAGGAAAUAUGCUUUUGAUAUUUUGAAGGAAACAGGUUUGGAAAAUUGCAAGCCAAUUGAUAGUCCUAUGGAUUCAAAUCAGAAGCUAAUAGUAGACCAAGGUGAGGCUUUUCCAGAUCCAGAGAGAUACAGAAGGCUGAUGGGGAAGCUCAUUUAUCUCACUAUUACAAGACCAGAUAUUUCAUUUGCAGUUGGAGUUGUUAGUCAAUUCAUGCAAAAUCCUCACAUUGACCAUUGGAAUGCUAUACUUCACAUUCUUAGAUAUAUUAAAAGGGCUCUAGGACAAGGAUUGCUAUCUGAAGACAAGGGGAAUACUCAACUCAUGGGGUAUUGUGAUGCUGAUUGUAGCGAGCUGCUUACUCGCUUAAGUGAGCAAUCACCAUCUUCCAAGAUAUGCUUUUUGAUUUGGUUCACUUUAAGCUAG